CUUUUGAACGAAUCGUUCAAACGACAACACUGGAGUUCACACGUGAAGCAAGGGAUACGUCGGAAGACGUUAUGAAACGAAUAACUGCGCUUCUUUUUCUUUUACAGGCGACAGUAACUGUUGUCAACACAGGUUCACACUCAAUCUGGGCGUUUUCAACAUUUAUUUACGGGCAGACCAAAUUCCCAGAAUUCAGUAUUUUGGCAUUUGUGGAUGAUCUUCAGGUGCUGUACUGUUGUUGUAUGACAGCAACAUCAAGAAAAUUAUCUCUCGAAGCCAACCAAGCUCCACAAAGGGAGUUGAAGAUAUUAUGCUUCUAGGUGCAAACAUUGCGGUAGAAGUCAUUUACAGUGGCAUGAAACAUCCCGCACAUGAAAGGUUCUUUGCCAAUCACACUGAAGGAGUUCAUGUUCAUCAGAUGCUGGCUGGAUGUGUGCUGGACAAUGACAAGUCCAGUCAGGUCAUGGUGUGGGAUGCUUAUGAUGGAACAGAAGCAAUAUAUUUUGACAUACAUAAUCGCACAGUCAACCCUCUAUGGCCACAGCUUAUAUGGACCACAAAGAAAACAGAGAUUCUUCAAACGUAUUUUCUAAAUAUUUAUCAGCCUAUUUGUAUCCGAAUGCUGAAGUACUAUCUGGAGAAAGAAAAGAACAUUGUGCUUAGAAAAGAGCAGCCCAAAGUCAGACUAAUCCAGACACGCAGGGAGACUGGAGUGGUGAAGGUGAGCUGUCUGGCCACUGGCUUCUACCCCCGGCACAUCAACCUGACCAUGCUGAGAGACGACCGUCCCAUUCCAGACGAGGAGCUCAUUUUCGGGGAGGUGUUACCCAACGGAGACGGGACGUACCAGACGAGGAGAACCCUUAGUAUCAGUUCGGAGAAAGCGAGAGAGAAACACCGUUACACCUGCUCUGUCACACACCUUGCUCUGGACAACAAGCUGGACAUCAACUGGGGUAAUGCACGUAAAUACUGUACAUGUUCUGCAGCACAUUAUUGUAUCAUUGUGGAGUCAGUGGGACAGGGUGGAAGAACAUUGCGUUUUGUGCAAGUGCAUAUUUGUAAAGUCUAUGUUAACCUCAACCCUUAG